AUUAAUAGCAGCAAGCGCUACGAGCGCCUACCCACGGCAGUUUGUCUGUCGUCGAACGAGGAAGGACGACAGCUGCGGUGCCAGCAAUGGGGAUUAUCUUAUUGUCUUUACUUACCAUUUAGUGAACAAUCCUAACCGCUUUGUGAAACGCAUCAUGGAGAACGGACAAAUAAUAUCGAACGGCACAAUGAAACUGGACAAGACUCCAGCGGUUGAAGAAGUUCCUUUGGGGGAGCGUCUCAAGCAAUUCAUCCGGACUCACUUCUUCCUCUUCUUCACCUUGGGGGGAGUCAUUGCGGGAGUCAUUCUGGGUCUCUGUUUGCGGAUGGCCAAUCCCAGCGAUCAAGUCGUUGUUUUGCUUGGCAUGCCAGGGGAAGUGUUUAUGCGCUGUUUGCGCAUGCUCGUGCUCCCGAUGAUGAUUGCUAGCAUUAUCACGGGUAGCGCGAACCUAAGCGGCAAAGCGAAGGGCAAGAUGGCCAUGAUCACAUUCGGGAUCUUCAUUGGGACAAGUUUUAUGUCUGCACUCAUUGGGUUGUUCUUUGUGACGCUCAUCCACCCUGGCAGACCAGAUCUCAAGUCCGGCAUGGAGUUCCAGGACGAGAUCAAGGCCAAUCCAAAGCUCAUGGACACUUUCCUCGACCUUGUGAGGAAUGCAUUUCCGGAAAAUUUGGUUGAAGCGUGCGUUGAACAGGGAUUUACAUCGUACGAAUCCAAGAACAUCACCACAUCAAGUGGAGAUACGAGGGAGAUCUCAAAAACCCUGUGGACCAAACGAAGCGGCACUAAUUCUUUAGGUCUCAUUGUGUUCUGUGUUGUCUUUGGUGGAGCCAUUGGUGGACUGGGUGAAGAAGUGGCAGUGCUGAGAAAGUUUUUUCAAGCAUUGGAUACAGUUAUUAUGAAAAUUGUCUUCCUCGUUAUGUGGCUGACUCCUAUUGGCGUGAUGAGCCUGCUGUGUGCUCGUAUCCUGGCUGUGGGCAGUCUCUUGUCCCUCUUCCAACAGAUGGCCUUAUUGGUGUCCACCGUAUUAUCUGGCUUGGCAGUGGAAUUGUUUGUUGUCGAGUGCCUCCUCUAUUUUGUUGUCACCAAAAAGAACCCUUUCAAGUUCCUCGGAGAAUUGGCAUAUGUCGGGCUAUGUGCCUUUGUUACUGCAGCCAGUGCUCCCGUCAUGCCUCUCACCCUGAGGUGUCUGGAAGACAAUUGUGGCCUAGACAAACGUGUUACUCGUUUUGUUGUUCCUGUUGGUGUAACGGUGAAUAUGAACGGAACGGCACUUUUUAUCACCGUCUCAUCCAUCUUCAUAGCGCAGCUCAAUGAUAUUGGAAUUGCCUCUGGUGACUACUUUGCCAUUCUUAUCACAGCAACAGCAGUGAGUGUAGCAGCGACUUCCGUUCCUAGUGCGGCAUUAUUUCUCAUGGUGAUGACUCUCUCUGUGAUUGGUGCUCCAGUUGGUGACGUCAGUCUCUUGUUCACCGUUGAGUGGCUCUUGGACCGAGCACGCACAACAAACAACUGCCUGGGUGACUGCUUCACAAGUGCCAUAGUUGACCACCUGUGCUUCCGUCGGAAAGCUGCUGAAUUGUGUGAAGUUGUCGUGGAAGAGGAAGGGGAGAAGUUGAAGGAUACUCCCAUGUAGAUUGUCCAUGUCCAAGGAUACUCUUUGUAAGAAACAUCUCAUAUUACAUCCUUAUUUUUAUACCCCAACCUUCCAAUAAAAGUCACAUAUUUUAAUCUAAAAACCGAUUGGGGAUUUGCACACUGCAGAAUGUGUCAGUAUUCAAGUUGUGUCACCACCUAAUUCAGUAUUAAUCCCCUCUUUGAAUCAGGGCCAGACGCUUGAUGAACGUGGCAGGGAACGUCGAGAAACUAGUCUAGCGCUUUGCAGUGUGCAUUUUAAGUGAAAUAUUCUGGAUAACAUAAUCGCUGCAGUCUUAUUUUUGGCCAUUAUAUUCUCACUGUUCCUAAACGUUCUCAGCCAUGUUUCACAUUUCCAUUGUUUCCCUAGAGGCACACAGUGUAGGCGAUGAGAAAGCUUUUUUAUCAGCGGCCAUGUCUUAAUAAAUAUCCGCCCAUAAAAUGUUGUUUAAUGUGCCUGCCGCUUUGCCUGUGUCCACUAUUUCUGUGUCACUUUUUAAAGUGCUUAUUUACCGAAUACUUUUUUUGAGGACCCACAAGAGGAAUAAAGGGUCUCUGUAGAA